GUGAGCCGGACAGAGCCAAGCAUUUCCCCAGCCAUGAGCGCCAAUGGUAUCGCGGCUGUGGCCGAAAGCUACCAGAAGUUCAACCCUCGGGCCUACCUGCAAAACAACUACAUGCCACCCCGUGCCAACUUCACGAGCGAAGAGUUUGCAGUGCCCUGGAAACUUCGCUGCCUGGCAGAUGCCUUUGCCACGGGUAGGUAGACCUGUAAUUGUUUUCCUUAGCAAACCUGGGUUUCAAAGGUGAUCUCCCUUUGUCUCGUUUGAAAAUCUUCUGCCUUGCCUCUUGACAGGGCCGGCCCACCCAUGAGGCAAGGUGAGACGCCCGCCUCAAGCGGCAGGAUUCACAGGGGGAGCAGAUCCCAACGCAAACCUUUAUUCUUCCCUUGUUCCUGAUGUAGAUCUUCAUUCCCCUCCUUCUUCCCUGGCUGGGAGGCAGGCACCAUUUAGUGGUUCGGCCUCAGGUGCCAAUAUGUCUUGGGCAGGCCAUGCCUCUGGGUCAUUUUUACCUUUUGCUUAACAACGUCACCAUCCAUCAGACGUAAGCUUUCCAAAUGCGGAGCUGUCUAAAUUUGAAAAAAGUGCAUUGCAAAAAAAGAGAGAGCUCCUUUGUAAACUUGGAGGGUGGGGAGUAAAAUGCUUUGCAAAACCUGAACUAUGACCUUCCAGGACCUCAGCAUCUUUCUAACAUUAAUUAAUUAAUUAACAUUAAAUAGUUAGCUGAACCCAGGCAACUGACUUAGAUUGGGUGAGAUUUUGGCCUUGUAAGAAGCUCCAUUAAUUUGUGGCCCCAAAAUUUUGCUUUCCCCUGAAACCAAUGCCAAAGUUUAGUGCUAGUUUAGUGCCAUUUUGAGUUCCAGCAUCCUUAGGAUUCUUUAAAUGCUCUUUAGAUGGUGCGCAUGCAGCCCAAGUCACUCAUUUUUUUAACCAUCGCCAGAGGCUAUCAACCACAGAAGUGAUCGCAGGUGUAAGUCUUUGCUCCAUUAGCUUGCUUAGCAUAGGACUAGACAGGCCAGCUUUCUGGUCUGGUGUUUUAUUUUCAUAUUGAUAGUGAUUACAAUUUCUCCCUUAAAAAAAAAUACUUCUCUUAAAUAAAUUUCUUAAUUGGAUUUCUGAGCUGUGCCUGUUUCUAGAGCCCUGAAACUUUGCACCCAAUACUGAGGAUUGUAGCCAAUGCUAGUUUUAGUCAGACUUAAGGGACACGACUAAUCCAGGUUCAUGAAUUUGAGCAGGUCUUCUCCGAAUACAUCUUCGUUGAAUACAAUCCUGAUACUCUGGCAGUCUUACAGACCGAUAUAUUAGUUGCAAUCUGCUAGUCCAUACGGUUUGUAAAUAAUAACCUCUUUACCUUUCCAUCUGCUGGCAAAUAAACCAAACAGGACUCAAGAAGCAGGAGGUAAACUGAGCUGCUGGGGUGGGGUCUGCCUAUAAGAUCUUUGCUCUGUGCUGCUUGGCACUUAAGUUUAGGAAAGGUGGUGACUUGCAAAUUAAAUUUGAUAGACUGUGGUAGAUUCCUGCUGUGAUCUACUGUGGUAGGAUCCUGCCAUGGGACUUUGCAAGAGCUCCAUUAACAUGUGGCCCUGAAAUUUCAGGUCCCCCCUCCAAAUAAAACCGACAACUGAUGCCAAAGUUACCGUAAGUGCUAAUUGGACAAGGUUGGAUUUGGGGGUGGGCAUUAACUUGUGGCCCCAAUUUGCUGUGUCAAUUACUUAGUUUGGGGGUGGCACAAAAAGUGUGGUUCUGUGUGUACAGUUCCCAGGAGCCUUUUGGUGGCGAGGUGUGUGUGUGUGUGUGUGUGUGUGUGUGUGUGUGUGUGUGUAUUCUUAAAUGAAUGUACACAGCCAAAGUAGGAAACCACACUGCCACAUUUUAUCCAGCUUAGAAGGUUCUUUUUAUCAUAUGUGGUGGCCUUGUAGUAAGGUUAAAGCUUACUGGGAAAUGAUACAUAAUAUAAUGAAAAUGAUGUUUAAAAUAACCUUUGUAAAAACAAAAAACAAAACCAGAAACUUUUCUUUUAGGAAUUGUAGGGACAGCACUACCUAAAAUGUAUUGAGACUUAUUCAUGUAUGCUACUACAGCAGCAAGUAUGUUCCUUGCCCCCAAAUGGAAAGAAGCAGAAGUCCCAGUAAAGGAAGAAUGGAUGCAAAAACUUGUGGAAUAUGCAGAAAUGGGGAAACUUACUGGAAGAAUACAAAAUCAAGAUAACAUUUUAUAUAUAUAUAUAUAAAAGAAUGGAAAUGGUUUAUUGAAUAUUUACAGAUAAAUUAUAAACAGAUAAAAACAUUGGCAGGAUUAUUGUAAUAACCUGCAGUUUUAUAAGAGUGUAUAUUUAAAGAAGAUGAAUAAAUGAGCAAAUUAAGUUAAUUUGGAUAUGCAGAAGAUAUUAAAAACUAAUUUAAGGAACUGCAGAAAGAGGGGGAAGGAAGCCAAGUUUUGAAAUAUCAAAAUGAAUGUAAAAUUAGUGAAAUGGGACACGGGUGGCGCUGUGGUCUAAACCACAGAGCCUAGGACUUGCCGAUCAGAAGGUCAGCAGUUUGAAUCCCCGCAACGGGGUGAGCGCCCGUUGUUCAAUCCCAGCUCCUGCCCACCUAGCAGUUCAAAAGCACGUCAAGUGCAAGUAGAUAAAUAGGUACUGCUCUGGCGGGAAGGUAAACGGCGUUUCCGUGUGCUGCUCUGGUUCGCCAGAAGCGGCUUAGUCAUGCUGGCCACAUGACCUGGAAGCUGUCUGCGGACAAACGCCGGCUCCCUCGGCCUAUAGAGUGAGAUGAAAGCGCAACCCCAGAGUCGUCCACGACUAGACCUAACGGUCAGGGGUACCUUUACCUUUUAUAAACUAGAAAAGAAAGAAAGAAAGAAAGAAAGAAAGAAAGAAAGAAAGAAAGAAAGACAUUUUAUCUAGCUUAAUCAGUGAGAUCAUGAGUGUGAGAAGGGCAAUUGACCAACGAGAGGGGAGGAUCCUUAUGGGCAGGGGGAUCCUGGAGGAAGAGGCGACUGAGUCACUUCUACAAGGUGUGAAGGAGGACCCAGAUGCCUAGGCUUCUCUUGCCAGCAGCGUGUUGUGAUGUGGAGUCAAAGGGAUGCUAGUUUGGUAGGUGGCUUGCGAGACAUCACAAUAUGGAACCGCUCUUCCGGCUAUGUGGAAGACUUAAAAUGUAAUGCGUGUGCAGAUUCUUACAACUCGGCUGGCUUGGAAAGAUCCAGAAAACAGGACCAUCUUUCGAGCCGCCCCUCAUUCCUCCAGGCCUUGAUUGGCUGGGAGCUUCUAUCUGACUUUCCCUUGGGCAUUUUGUCCAUCAGUGAUAAGGUGACCAAAUGCAAUAGAAUACAACCCUCUUGUGCCUGUGAUAUUUUAUUAGAAGCGGCAAUUUUGGCAGGUGCUGUUUUUCCUAUAUCUCCUGAACUACUGUAUCACAAGUACUGGAUCCUGCUUCCCUCUCAAUAUAAUUUCGGUGGGAAAUCUUCCGGUGAGCUGUGCCUCCAUGGGAUCAAAUCUGCUGGGGUCGGGGAGUGGGAGAAGGGGAGUAUUUGCAGCAGGCUUCUCCAUUACAUUUUCCCACACAAACAGAAAAGGGAACCAAGUAGCCUGGAUUCUAGGUUUCUCCUCAAAAUAUGACUUUAGCCAUUUGACUUCCACCCUUCACCUUAUGGGAAGGUCAUUUCUGGGCAGAAAAUUAGGGGCCAGGGUAUUGAAUCCUCUUUUAUGAUUGUAUUUGGGAAAGACUUGCACUCCCCCUCCACCCUCAUCAUGAAUACAGAUUUAUUUAUUUUCUAAGAGGUUUCCAGUAUUUUAUGUACCGUAUUUUUUGCUCUAUAAGACUCACUUUUCCCCUCCUAAAAAGGGGAAAUGUGUGUGCGUCUUAUGGAGCGAAUGCAGGCUGCGCAGCUAUCCCAGAAGUCAGAACAGCAAGAGGGAUUGCUGCUUUCACUGCGCAGUGAUCCCUCUUGCUGUUCUGGCUUCUGAGAUUCAGAAUAUUUUUUUUCUUGUUUUCCUCCUCCAAAAACUAGGUGCGUCUUGUGGUCUGGUGCGUCUUAUAGAGCGAAAAAUACGGUAAUUGUUUAUCACCGGAGAUGAUUGCAUCUUAGUUCUUUAUUCUCACUCCUUGCAGGCGAAAUCUGCGGCCGCACCCUUAUUGAUAUUGGCACAGGCCCCACCAUUUAUCAGCUCCUCAGUGCCUGCGACUACUUUGAGGAGAUAGUGGCCACAGACUACCUGGAAGUGAAUCGGGCCGAGAUACAGAACUGGGUGCUCGGUGAAGACUCCAGCUGCUUUGACUGGUCCCCUUACAUCCAGUAUACUUGUAAGAUUGAAGGCAAUGGGUAAGAGAUAAAUGCAGGAGAGAGGGGCACGGCUUCCCAAGGAAUAAGCCUGGGGAUGCAAUCAUGGUUACCUGUGAUCUACCACUGGCUGCUGGCGCUGUGGUCUAAACCACUGAGCCUCUUGGGCUUGCCGAUCAGAAGCUCGAUGGUUCGGAUCCGCGCAAUGGGGUGAGCUCCUGUUGCUCUGUCCCAGCUCCUGCCAACCUAGCAGUUCGAAAGCAUGCCAGUGCAAGUAGAUAAAGAGGUAAUGGCUGUGCAGUGCAGGUGACAAAGAGCUUAGCAGAGGGAUGGGAAACCUAUGGGCAUCUAAAUAUACCCAUUACAAAGCACCUUUUUUAUAAUAUACUGAGGUAAAACACCUACAAUAUAUGAUUACUGCGGCAAGACUGCUAUAUGCACAAAGAAAAGCACAGCCUUACCCACUAUAGAAGAAUGGCUGAUAAAAUUAUUGGACUUGGCUGAGAUGGCUAACAUGUUUAAUUAGAGAAAAAUCAUUACCAACAUUUGUUGAGGAUUUGAAAUCUCUUAUGGACUUUUUGCGUGAAAGAGAAAAUGAGCUUGUAAUAUCUGGGUUUGAAGAUUGAAAAAAUGCUGGUUUAUAGAAGAUAGAAUGGUUGGAUCUUAAAGAAUAAAUAUCAUGUGUAGCAACAGAGAGCUGGAAGUCCUUUUAUUUUAUCUUUCUUCAGUCUGUCUCCCCCUUCUAUUCCUUUUCUCUUUCUUUUUCCUUAUUUAGAUUUCUCGUAUUUUCUUCCUUCUGACUUUGCUCCUUUUUAGAUUCAGAAACAACUAUCUGACUUUUAGAAGACAUCUGGAGUUUUUAAUGUGUGAUGUUUUACUGUGGUUUUAUAGUUUGUUUUGAAAGCCUCCCAGAGUGGCUGGGGAAACCUAGUCAUAUAAAUAAAUAACAUAUAUAUAUCAUAUAUAUAUAUAUAUAUAUAUAUAUAUAUAUAUAUAUAUAUAUCAUAUAUAUAUAUCAUAUAUAUCUAUCAUAUAUAUAAAUAACAAAUGAUUAUUUAUUUAGGGAACCGUGGAAGGAAAAAGAGCAAAAGCUGAAGAAGAAACUCAGAAGGAUCCUUCCCAUCGAUGUCCACCAGGCCAAACCUCUAGGUUCCUCUCUCAGCCAACCAGCCGAUGCUUUGGUCUCUGCUUUCUGCCUGGAAGCCGUGAGCCCUGACAGGCCGAGUUUCGACCGGGCCCUGCGGAACGUCACAACGCUUCUCAAGCCUGGUGGCCACUUCCUCAUGAUCGGGGCUUUGGACGAGUCCUUCUAUUUGGCUGGAGAAGCCAAGCUGUCAGUCGUGCCCGUCAGCGAGGCAGAUGUCAAGGAAUCCUUCGCCAAGAGCGGCUAUCGCACCCGCAACUUCUGCUCCUAUGUCAUGCCGCCGAGCCUGAAGAUUGGCGUGGAUGACGUGCAAGGGAUCUUCUUCAUCCAUGCGCAGAAGAUAGCCUGAUCCCAGCUCGCCUAGCAGAAACACACACACAAGGUCCUUGCCCCCCGAAAACCCAGCUUAUUGCAUGCUGCUCCUGUUCUCUUCUGUAUUGCUUCUCCUGUUCUGUGGGUGUGUUCACGUCCACACCAUACAUUUAACACGUUUAAAGCAUAUGGCUUUCCCCUGAACUGUAGUUUAUCCCUCACAGACCUAGAGUUCCCAGCACCCUUAACAAACUACAGUUUGCUGAAUUCUUUGGGAGGAAGCCAGAUGCUUAAAAUGUUCUCUUGCAUCGUUCACACAGAUCAAAAUGUCAGCCUGUUGUUUCCCCCCACCACCACCUUUAAUUCAGAUUUACUAUUUCUGUGGAAAAUCUAGUGCUGAAAUCUAAACAAAAAUCCUGUUGCUGACAGCCCUUUCGUGACAUCUGAAUGACCUGUUUGCAAUAUCAAGUCCCCCCCAUUUAUUGCAAAGUGCUAGACGUUUCUUGUAAACCACUUAGAGGUUUUACUAUGAUUAAGUGGUAUAUAAAUUUUGUUAUGAAAUAAAUCUGGAAGUACGUUUCCUUGGUACACGUUCCUUAGGACAUGAAGCAGGAUGGACGUUUCCCAAAUGUUGACCUUUUUUACUUUCCAUAUUGACUCUUCUGCCAAGGUAUCCUAGCACAUUGCAGAAGAUUCUGAGGCAUGGCCUGUGGUAGGCUCUUGUCUUCCUGUGUGAGGCACUGGCCAGGCCUCUUGGGCUUCAGAAAGUGCAACCCAGAACAGUGCCUUCAGUCCCCUGUAUUCCCUGCUCAUUGCAGGAGAAAAUCAGUAGUAUGGUACAGGCAAAACCUAUAUUUCAGGUAAGCUUUACGGCCAUUAUUAUUCCCUUUCCUGCCAAUGUUCAGGCAGGAGGUCUUGUUGCUUGUGUAGGUAAAAAGCACCGCUCACACACAAGAGGGAGGUACCAGAAGGCUUGAGGGAACCUUAAGUAUUGGGUAGAAGCACAAAAGUAAAUAAAUCCCUGCACAUAUUUGUCAGGGACAAGGGUUGUAGUCAGGAAAUCCUGACAUGUUGGUUUUCCGUGUGCAAUGUUUUGUAAUGGAGCAGCAUUUUGUAAUAUGAGCCCUCCGCUCGCCCAGUACAACCCAGACACUGGUUUAUUACCGUACCUGUUUGCGACACAAAGGCAGAAAUCUAAGAGGGAAAUCUCCUCUUGCUGAGGAGAACAUGUCGCUAGAGUCUGAAUUAGGUGUGGCUGUCCAGAGAUUUAAGAAAACAACGGAGGCAUCCGAGGACAAAAUUAAGUACUUCACCAGACAUGUUUCGAUUUCUUAUUUAAAUAGCAGCUGCUGGUGGGCGGAUAUCAGAUUGAGAUGUUGUUGUUUUAAAAACCCUUCCUUCUGUGGCACAGUCCAGGUUAAGGGGAUGUUCACAAUACUACAUACCAGUGUGCUCCCACUGCUAGGUUUUUAGCUUUCACACAACACUAGCCACAUUCGAGAUCAAGCCAGUGGUUUUCCUCACAAACACUGCCGUCUGAUGCAUCCCUCCCACCAAUCCAAUUAGAAAACUGAAUGCGAAAUAAGCGAUAAUAUGAACGUUUGAGGCAGCCGUCACACAUGUGCAAAUGAGCGCAAAUGCUCCAUGAAUGUUCCAGGGGGAAGUGACAGGGCCAGGAAACCAAAAAGGUUCUGUGCAUCAGGCAAAGGCACUCACUUCCAAUGGAGGCCAGACAGGCCCCUUUCCUACUGAAUUUCCGGAGACAUUUUUUAAAAUUCCAGCAGGCAUGGUAAUUGAAUUUUGACUUCAUAGUCUUAACCCGUUUUUACUCAUUGCAUUGUAUCCUUGAGAUGGCUGUAGCUAAGUGGCAUAUAACUUGUUUAAACAAACAAAAUUAAUAAAAUGCAUCCUUAACAACAACAAACAUAUUCCGUUUGCAAAAUGUAUCUCUGCUCGCCAAGAACAUGGGCGAGCUUUCGGGCACAGAGGUAGGAACGUAGGAGGGGGCCUCCUACGAAGUCCAGACUUAGGCAGCUCAAUAUCAAGUCCAUUUAGCCCAGGAUAAUAUGUCCUGACUGGCAAAAGGAGUCACCAUAGGGGCUUCCAAUUCUUAGGGGCCGAGGUCCCUUUGGCUCCCGCUCAAUAAAAUAUUUGAGGGGGCCAGCCCCCUCUUCCCAAAGUUGAUGGGCAUUGCCAUUCAGAUGCUGUGCAUGUGCUGCAUCAUGUGAUCAAUUAUGUGGCUUACCUGGGCACCCCCAAUAUUUUAUUCAAGUUGGCACCCCUGCAGGUCACCAGCCAUCAUGGACUGCUAACCCUAGGCAGUAAUGAUUCUGUAGACCAGUGGCUGGAAACUGGGGAGGGGUCUUCUCUUCAUGUCCCGCUAGCUGGUUUCCCUCAGGUACCUGGUUGGCCUCUGUGAGAAUAGGAUGCUGGACUGGACGGGCCUUUGGCCUGAUCCACGAGGGCUCUUUUUAUUUCAUUUAUUCCCUCAUACAUUUUUAUUCAUUUUCCACACAAUUUAACGAAUUCAAUUCAGUUUCCGCGCAAUGUUCCCUUAGCAUUUUGACUUCCCACCCUUACCUCCGUGAUGUUUCUGUUCAAAUCCUUUUAUCUACUGCCUUAAAUGUAAUAAAUUAUUUCUAUAG